GGACAGGCUACUUGACAUCGUAUAAAGCCCUGAGCUGAAAGGACGCGUGGAAAAGGCCGUGCAUACCCGCAACCUUUAUCGAAAAGUCUGAAAAUGUGGCCAUUCGACGAGGCAUACCCCGAGGUGGCCAUCCGGGAUCUCCUUCCCUCUUACGACUAUGUUAUUGUUGGCGGCGGCACAGCUGGCUGUGUCCUAGCCAACCGCCUCUCCGCCUCCCCGUCCACGCGCGUGCUGCUCAUUGAAGCCGGCCCCGUCGCAGACUCAUGGGCAUCACGCGUCCCACUACUCUCAUCAGACUUUGCCUCCGAUGGGACGCGUACAUGGACCCGUCCUUCUGCGCUAGAGGGCAAUAUGGGUCCAGGGGAGGAAGGGAGAAGCAUACCACUCGUUACGGGGCGCGCGCUCGGCGGGAGCUCGAGGAUCAAUCAGAUGCUGUAUACCCGCGGGCUGCCGGGAGAGUGGGAGAGCUGGCGGGGUAAGGGGAGGGAAGGGUGGGGCUGGGAAGAGGUCAGACCAUACUUCACGAAGGGCGAGACGGUCGUAGACUAUGACGGGACUGUGGACGCGGAGGUGCAUGGGACAAGCGGUGAAUGGCGUAACACGACCAUUCGCGCACCGCAUUACGCCUCCGCACAGCGCGUCCUCGCCGCAUCUCGCGAUAUCGGGCUCCCUUGGAUUAGUGAUGUGAACGACCCGUCCCACCCAACAAAAGGCAUCGCGCGCUUGCACUACACCCGUACGCCGACCACACGCCACUCAACAUAUCACGCCUUCUUGCCUCAUGAACUUGUCGUGAAGCGGAAGGCGAACUUGCACGUUUGCACGAAUGCCCUCGUCGAGCGACUUGUCUUCGAUGAGAGUGCUACAGGAGAAGGACUCAAGGUGAAGGAGGUGCUGAUCACACCUGCGACGCAACAGCUGGAGCAGACGCGGACGGCGGUCAGUGUGGACAAAGAGGUCAUUUUGUGCGCAGGACCGUUUGGCAGUCCUCAGGUGUUGAUGCUCAGUGGAAUUGGUCCUAAAGAACAUCUACAAGAGCAUAACAUACCCGUACGCAAGCAUCUUCCGGCUGUAGGCUCCAACCUCCAAGACCACCUUGGCGUCUCCCUAGGGUACACCGUCCCUGUCUCGGACUCGCUGAUCGCGCUCGAGAAGCGCCCCUGGAUGUUCAUCAUCGAGCUUUUCAAAUACCUGAUAUGGGGCACGGGCGUGCUCCUCGCUCCUGUAGUGCAGCUGGCGGUGUUCGCCUGGAGCGGAGCACUUGAUGCGCGCGGGGCGCCGAAACCUCAGGAGAAGGAGUCUGAGGAGGAGAAAGAGGUACUGCCGGAUUUCGAGAUCAUGCCCAUGUCCUACGACUCGGGCGACCAGCCAUUCUCCAAGUCCCGCGGCCGCUUCAGCUUCCUCUGCGUGCUCCUCCGCCCUGAAUCCAAAGGCGCCGUCCGCCUCUCCACUCCCUCCUCAUCACGCUCAUCCUCGACCCCGUCCCUAGCAAAACUCUCACCGAGCAUCCACACCCCUCUGCACAUCGCACUCAACUACCUCUCCGCACCGGCCGACUUUGCACCCCUCCGCGCCGCCCUCCGCCUCUCGCUACGCAUCGUCGAGCGCAUCCGCGCCUCCGACCCCUCAUACCCGCUCGAAGACUGGUACGUCCCCGCAUCCGAAUCCGACGCCGACCUCGACGCGUUCAUAUCCGCGCCCGUGGCGUCGACGUAUCACUAUGCGUCGACGUGCCGUAUGGCGCCCGAGGACGAUGCGGCGGGCGGAGGGGUCGUCGAUGCGCGGCUGAGAGUGCACGGGACGUGUAAUGUGAGGGUGGCGGAUAGUAGUGUGUUCCCGUGGAUCCCUGGGACGCAUUUGCAGGCGGGGACGGUUAUGAUUGCGGAGCGGUGUGCGGAUUUUGUGCUGGGGAGGGCGUGAGGUGGGUUUGGGACAGGAUAUAGAGGGUUAUUUCGUCUUUAUUGCUGUAUAGAUCCAGAGCGCAUGUGCAUGCUGCCUUGGCUGCGCUGAUCUAGUUCGCCAGACGAUUGAUGACUGGGCGACAGCCAGGCGCUAACAAUUGUUCGGAUUCAAGUUCG